GCAAAGCACUCUGGUACUUGUGGUUUACUUUGUGGGGAGGUCGGAUUGAUAACGCGCCGAAGAACAAAACAAGACGACGCUCUUGAGUAUAAAGUUUAAACGUUGAAAUCGUCGCAAGUAAUAGUUUCGCAACGUGCAAGUUCGGAUCAGAUCGGCUGGAGUAAGUCUUCAGACUCGGAGAGCUGCUCACUUUUAGCGAAAAUAAACAGGAAGUUGAUAGCGUUGUGGGACGUGUAGUUUUGUGUGCAGGCCGUGGCGCUCGAUAGCAACGCAUUGAAAAAAGAAAAGCCCUAAUAAAAUAAUCUAAGCAUUAUUUAAUAAUCGUGUUUCAAGCAUCGACUUUGAAUAAACGAUGCCCGGGUUCACGUGCUGUGUGCCUGGCUGCUACAACAACUCGCACCGGGACCGGGAGCUGCGCUUCUACACAUUUCCAAAGGACACCACGCUAAGAGAGCAGUGGCUGCGGAAUAUCUCCCGGGCCGGGGUCAGCGGCUGCUUCAGCACGUUCCAGCCCACCACAGGUCACCGAGUCUGCAGUGUGCAUUUCGCCGGAGGGAGGAAAACCUACUCCGUUCGAGUGCCGUCCCUGUUUCCCCUGCGCGGAGUGAAUGAGCGCAGGUGUCGGCGGGGCAGAGGGAAAAAGGUUUCCGCCUCGGUGAUCACCCCCGCCGCCGCAGCGACCUCUGGGAUAGUGGCCACUAGCGUGCUUGGUAACACGGCUGGAGGAGCCGAGGGCACCAUCGGAGGCGAGGCGGACGACGACAGCAUUACCGUGGUUCAAAUAGGCCAGAAUGGGGAGUACCUGGGCACCGCGCGGCUACCCGCUCAAUCAGAGGCGACCUGUUACUCCGCGCCGGACGGCAGCGCGGAGGAACUCAGAACCAACGAGUUCGAGCCCGGGACUAACCAGCCCGCGGUGCAGUACGUCAGUGUGACCAGCAGCCCCUUGGACCACUCGUACUCCCUGACGACUGGAACCACAUCAACCGAACUCCUGCGGAAGCUGAACGAGCAGCGGGACAUCAUCGCGCUGAUGGAGGUGAAGAUGAAGGAGAUGAAGGCGACCAUCCGCCAGCUGCGGGUCGCCGAGGCCAAGCUGCAGGAGGAGGUGCGGGAGCGGGACCGGCUGCUCUACGGUUACGCCACACCUGUGGGAGUCAGAAAGAAAAUAUGAACCGGGAGAUGACCGAUCCAGACUCCAUGAACUUUAAAGCAAAGUCUGAAGUGAAUGACGGGGUGGUUUGUGUAGAUAAUAGUAAUAAAAUACAUGCUAAUCACAUAAACACACUGUUGGGGCUCAACAAAGUUAUUCCUUCUUUAAAGAAGACUCAUUUCAACUGACCGUUUUAGUAACUAAAAACUUUUUUUUGCCUUCAAUUUAUUUUAUUAUCUUUUUUUUAGUUCUCUGUUUUCUGGUAAAAAUAAAAAAAAUGCAGCAAAUAUGACUGACACCAUUCACUAACUGUGAAUCUGAUUGUACUAGAGUGAAACUAUUGUGUGGAAUACAUUUUCACCCUUAUUUUUUCCUUAUUAAAGCAGUGAAAUAACAAUAAUGCAAACUCAGCUUGUAAAAUGUCAAGAUAUUCCAAGAAAACAUGUAUCCUGUUGCAUUUAAGUUUAUUUCCCCCUCCUAGAUUGUGUAAAGUAUGAGUGUUUCUGAGGUUGUUUGGAUGAACCAGCACCUGCGUAUUCUCUGUGAUUCUGUUUGUGCCUGUUUGUAGUCGGACAUGAAUUUUUGUUUAUUGGCUGCAUCUAUUCAUGGAUGUUGUAUGUACAGGAGGCAUAUUUCAGAUGUUUUAAGUCUAUGGGGUGUUGUGACGAAACCCCACAUUGAAACAUGCUCAAACCACAAAAUCUGCAGAAGUGUCAUUGGGUUUAGUGACACGUUGUGAGUCUUCUUUGACAGUAUUUUCAGGUUUACAGACGUCGGACUCAUCUGCCUAUGUAAAAGCUUUUGAUUACGCAGUAUGUUUUUGUGUGUUUUAGGAAAGAGGAGGCAACGAGUUGCCCAAGCCCUCGUACGUUUUAUUGAAGCAGAGUAUUUUUGAAGAUGUGUCGAUUUAUGUAAAAAAAUAAAAACUUGUACAAAAAAAAUCGAAUGUUCAGUUAUAACUGGCUAUUGUCAAAUUUGCAUGAUCGAUUUUUGAACUGUCAAAAAAAACCUUAUAGUUAUUGUUUAUUUCAAGCAAUCAAAACAAAAAUAAUCAAAAUAAGAUGAUGGAGAUAUACAUCUAUACCAAAGUUAGGUUAAUUAGUCAUUAAUUUAUUAGAAACUAUAAACAUACAUUCCUAUACAGAUGUAAAAAUGUAAUUAUAAUUACUCUAAGUCAUAAAUUGGCCCUUAUAUAUACAGUACAUGACACUAAAAACAUGACAUAAAAGGAGUUUAAUUGCUUCCUUGAAAAUGAGUGGGAAGAUGCAAACUUAUAUUCCCACGCCAUUUUUCUUUAUUUACAUUUUUUUGUUGUUGUUUUUACAUAAUUGUUAUUAUCCAGAUCUUAGGUUCUGAUCUGUUAUUCAGCCUUACUAUCCCAAAAGCAGAUCAUAUAAAAAAUCCAUGAGUAUUCAAUAAAAAAAUCAAAUUACAAAGAUUUAGUACAUAUUAAUUACUUUGUAGCAUUACUUUAGGAACUAUUACAAUUAACAGAUCAAAAAUAAGUGUUAUGAAGGAGUCAAAUUCAGAAGAAAGAAUGCUGCUUUUAGAGAAAACACAUUGAUUUUCAGACAAUUUUAGUAUGACUUUAAUUUAUGUUUUGCAUAUGAAGGCACUGAGAACAGAUGACAGUCAGAUAGGGACACAGGGACAAGUUAACCUUUUCAUUGGUAAAACCCACAACUCCUGCAUGUAUAAGUUACUUUCAGAGUAAUUAGUUCAGCACAUUAAGUUGAAAUAAAUGAAAAACUUUCUCAAAAGCCAUAAAUUAAUAAAAAAAUAUAUAUUUUGUGGCUUUUUUCCACUAUUAUUUUCUUGUGGUCUAUCCAUUUUUUAUUAUUUUUAAUUCAGUCUUUUUGUCAUAAAAAGUUAACAUUUACUGAGUAACAUGCUACAACAUUUAUUAGAAAAGGAUUUUGUCACAGCAAAAAGUAAAGUAAGAAACUACUGUAGUAAAUAAUUUCUGUAAGGAAUUACUCCUAUUACUGGUCAUCACAUUGUCAUGAAGUCUUCAGAUUCAUCCAUCAGGAGCAAAAGUCUUUUUUUUCUGGUGAGCUUUCAUAAUAAACUGCUCGCAGGAUCAAAAUGUUUGGUGUUGUUUGUAAAUUAAGCUGCUCGUGAAAAUAGAUAAUGAGUCACUAGGAGGAUUGAUCGUGGAUGGUGCUUUACAAAGAUGUGACUAUCAAUGUUUGCCUUGUGUUGUCUUUUGGGAGUGAAUACUUUUGAUCAU